AUGUCAGAAGAACGCAGCAAGAUCUCGCUGCGAAGCGGCAAGCGCAAGGCGAAACCCACCAUCAGCGCGCCGCGACAAAUCUCCAGUCCUAUCCUGCAAGAUGGCUCCGGCGUGGCCGCCAUCCCGGGCCCUCCUGGUGCGGCUGGUGAGCCGCCAAUGCGGCCUCGGUUAAGACCGCCGCCCAUGGCUGGCGGGAAGACAUCGGACCUCGUCAAACAGCGAUACUCGACACGAUUCAACAAUACCCCCUUGGACUUGGAUGGCCCAAUCCCUUCAGUGCCGGCACUGCCGUCAAUGGACAAAUACGAACAAAAAGAUCGACGCCCACCUCCCUCCCGAGGCGGCGCUGCUCCGGUUAUAGAUAUCAAGGCGCUGCGAGACCCCGCCCUCGUGCCAGACCAAUAUGUGGCAGCCACGCUGGGCGAUGCCACGGAUGGCCAGAUCCGAGAAUUUGAGGACUCCCUCAAGAAGCUCAAAAUCCGUGCCGCAUCCGACCUCCAACAGAAUCUAUUACAGAACCGCACGCAAUUCAUCAAGAUUAGUAAAGAGGCGGAGAAGCUCAAGGGCGAGAUGCGGACGUUACGGAACCUCAUGUCAGAACUCAAGACGAACACCACGGCGUUGCGCUCCGCCACGGCUAAAAACGACGAACCCGCCAGCAUCCCAGGCCAGGGGUCGACGCUGAGCAAGCGAGACAAGCGCAGCUCCGUGGCCGACAGAAGCGCGCUCUGGAAUUCGCAGAUGCAGGCCUUGUAUAAGAAUGUUGAAGGCUCUCAAAAAUUCCUGCCCAACUCGUCCGGCCGCCACGUCGUGCAGAACGCCGGGCCAUGGGUUGAGCUCGACAAUGCCACAUACAAGUCCCGCAGGGCGAUGCAGAUCUUCCUGCUCAACGAUCACCUGCUCAUCGCGUCGCGGAAGAAGCGCAAGAUGGACGCGCCCAACGCGGAUACGCGUGGGCCCAUGACGAAGCUCGUUGCCGACCGGUGCUGGCCGCUGCUCGACAUUGAGGUCAUUGACAUGCCGGGCGCCGGGGACUCGUCGUCUGGCGGCCGCAAUAAGCUUGCCGACGCCAUCAUGGUGCGAGGCGGCGGGCAGGAGUCAUUUAUCUACCGCACAGAAAAGGCCGACGACGACACCAAGAAGGCACUGCUGCUCAACGUGCGCAAGGCGGUGGAGGAGCUCCGCAAGGGUCUCGAGUAUGAGAUGGAGGCCAACAAUAAGGCCAAGGAGACGAUCAACUACUUUGCCUCGCGAGACCCCGGCCUGCUGCAGAAGACGGAGCUUCUCGAGACUCUGUCAGACAUUAAGGAUAUGCUAAUCGAGGUCGACGGCAAGCAGCAGAACCUGCGCUGGGUGGAGAGCCAGAUGGACGAGCUAGACAUCAACAUUGCGCUGCAGAGCUUCGAGCCUGCUGUGGCGCUGGUUGAGCAGCUCAAGAGCCUAUCAAGGGGGCUGAAGAGCAACGCGGUUGCGCAGGACUUUAUCAGCUUCAAGGUGGAGGAGCGGUGCAACCGGCUGGGGGAUAUUGUCAUUCGUGAGCUCGAGGCCACGCACAAUGAAAGGAUGAAGUCGAAGCAGAAUGUGUCGUGGCUGACGAGGCUGGGAUAUCAUGAUAGAGCGAGGGAAGCAUACUUAAAUGCGCGAAGUGACACGAUCCAUAAGCGUUCGAGGCAAUGCAUCUUCCAGGGAGACUUGCAUCUAUACAUCUGGCAGUUGUCAUAUGUCUACUUCACCAUCAUUCACAACACAGUCUUGUGCUUCCAAGCGUGCUUUCCGCCGCCGAUGAUGAGCGCGUGCGUCAAGUGGGCGAAGCAAGAAGUCGAGGCGUUCAAUGCCAUCCUGGCGAGGCAGCUCAGUAGCACGGAGCGCCGCGGCCCGGUAUGGAAGGAGUGCAUGGACAGAGCAAAGGAGCACGCCAAGAAGCUGUCUGCCGUAGGACUUGACUUUCAAGACCUUGUCGGCCGAGAUGUGUCCUAUGAAGCGUCGGCAUCGCCUACUGGGCUAGGGUUAACGUCAAAGUGA